GUUUCGGAGGAUUCAGUCUCCCUAGGCUAUAGUCCUUUUCCCCCUACAUACAUGAUACAUCAUUUGUCUUCGAGAGAAGAUAAUAAAGAAUCGAGCUUUCGUUGUGAAAGAUAUUCAUAGAAAGAGAGAGAGAAUAUGGAGGAGAGUGGUGGUCGGAAGAUCGGAGUGGCGGUGGAUUUCUCGGAGUGCAGCAAGAAAGCUCUGAACUGGGCCAUUGACAACGUCGUUCGUGAUGGCGAUCAUCUAAUCCUCAUCACCGUCGCUCACGACAUGGAUUACGAGGUCAGCGAGAUGCAGCUCUGGGAGGCCGUUGGAUCACCUUUGAUUCCACUGAAAGAAUUCUCUGAAGCUGCCGUGAUGAAGAAGUAUGCAGUGACGCCAGAUAUUGAAACCCUUGACAUUGCCAACACUGCCGCUAUGAAGAAAUCUAUCACAGUAGUGAUGAAGAUAUAUUGGGGCGAUCCUCGUGAGAAGAUAUGUGAAGCUGCUGAACACAUUCCUCUAUCAAGCCUUGUCAUCGGUAACCGAGGCCUUGGUGGCCUUAAGAGAAUGAUAAUGGGAAGUGUUAGCAACCAUGUUGUUAACAAUGUGGCAUGCCCUGUAACCGUCGUGAAGGCUCACCCCUGAGCUUUGUCUUGACCUUCACGUCAUUUGCUUAGAGAACAUGAAAACUGGUUUUAUGUUGCUUAUGUUGUGCACCUUUUAUGCUCAACCUUCUAUUAUAAAUAAAGCUCUCUUUUUCAGUUUUGGACCAACUAGUUUGUAUUGUUCUUUUCAAUCAUGUCAACAGUUUUU